UCCUGUCAAGUGAAGUUACGGUUCCGUAUUCAUCUCAAUAUACUUCAGUCUUGAACAAAUGCUUCAGAGGAUGUCUGGGUUCUCUAAGGACACCAUGAGGACUACUCUUUGCACACUUGUCUUCCUCUUCUCUCUACCAUGGAGUCUAAAUGGCCAUUUAUCGACCAGCAAUAAGAAUAAUGCGGUAACAAACACAGCAGAAAAUGCAUCAUGGCAGAGAGACUACACUACUGAUUCUGGGACAGAAAACGUGGUUUCACUUUCAAGAAAUGUUCAGAUGCCACAACUUAUGAGUCACUCUGAGCAGCAAGAGACCAGGCUGAGGACAGCCAAUGGUGAAGAUGUGGCAUCAAGGACAAGGAGGAAUGUACAUUAUGACAAACACAACUUAACUACUAUGUCGACACACCCUGAAACGCAAAAGCAGGACGAGGUAAUUCAACAAAAGGAACUACAAAAACCAACAGAACGUUCCCACAAACCACAUCUUUUGCAGACAGAGAAUGCUACAGAAUUUAAUGUCUUUGCUAAACCACCCAAUGCCACAAGGGCAGAUGUUUCGCCAGAGGAAAAGACAAGCAGUGCACUUUCUGAGACACAGAAAGCCACUCAGGAAACACCUUCUACUUCUGAUUUCACUGGGCUCUAUGUUGCGCAAGCAAAUGAAACCGUCAUGGAUAGCAACGAAACAAACACAAAUAAAGAUCUUCCAACAGCCCAGCCCACAACGGAGACUUCAGACCAACCAAGCCCAAUGACUCAUGCCCACACUUCCGCAACAGCAAAUGUGACAGAUUUCAAAGGGACUCGAAGCAACAAUGGUGUGGAAACCAAAGAGAGGAAAGAAGUCACAGACAAGUGGACAAGCACUCAAGGCCCUGAGCUUGAGACUUCAUCUAUGACUAAGCCAAAGAUGACGUUGACGACCAUGAGAAAGACCACCAAAAACCUAAGACCACCUUCAUCAAAAGACAAGCAGCAAGCAAACCCAGGUCCUGCUGUGGCGGCUGUGAUUGGCACCACGUUUGUCUUGAUGUUCAUAGCGAUAAUCUUUAUCUUGGUAAGGAAACGGAAAAUGCAAAGAAAGCAGCUAGAAAAUCCUGAGUGGGCUGGACCCUCACCGUUUCUGGAUGGUGACGUUCAACCGAACCUGCCAAAUACGGAGGAAUCCGAGGCCAUCAAUAGACAAGGUUUCAACCAGAUGUCCAUUUCCAGAUACCUCUCCCAACGGCUCUCAAAACACCUGACAUUCGGGAGGAACACAAGUGAGGAAGUUCUCAUGGGGGACAUCCUGCAAGGAAGCACGUUUGGCAGACAAAACCCAGAUGAGGUCCAAGCCCCCAAUGGGAACCCGACAGCUGCUCAAGACUCAAAAGAACACACAAUCCAGGAAGGUCAAAAAUCUGUGGACUCUUCUGACACCAAAACACCUAGGUCAGGAAGUGAACAAGAAACUGUGAUGGAGAGCAAAGAAUCAAAGCAGACUGAUGACCUCACUGCAUCUAUGUCUUCUGGCCCGGAUACUGUAAUUAAACCUCCUCCACCUUUAGUGUCUAUAGAUCUUGAUUCUCUUUCAGAAGAAGCAGCUCCUUUGCAAACAUCAGAUGGUGGGAUUAUUCCACCUGCUCCACCACUGCCCUAAUCUCAUGUGACUAUCUACAAACCAAACAACACACUCAUAUUUUCUUUCUAAAAAUCAAACAAAUUAUGUAAACACGACUGCUUGCAACCUUGACGUAUCAAAACUAAAAGUUCAGGACAUAUCGAAGAGGUUGUGGGUUUUAUUAGCCAAUAGGCUUUAAUUACACCACAAUCGUUAAUCAUGAUAUGCUACUUGCCAAUCAAUGUCAGCUUAAUCUAGAGAGAAUCUAACUGGACAAAAAGCUGUGUAGUCCAUACUGUUGGUCAGGGGUGUCCAAUAGGGUU